CUCUCUCUCUCUCUCUCUCCCUCUUCAUACCAAAGGAAAUCAAGUUGGGCAUUAAUCAUAUAAAUACUGCCUACAAUUAUUCAAAGCUAUAGAUCAACUGAACCCAAAAACAUGAAGAGGCAUAGAGUCAGUGGUCUUUGAUCGUCACCAUUGUCGUUUACCCGUGGCUAGAAUGGGAUCUCCGAGUCACCAAUAAGAGAGAGUAAAAGAAGCCACCAAUAACGUAGAGACGGCAAAAUGGGGGAGACGACGUCGUUCAUGAGGAACAAAUACUGGGUAUUGAGGCACGGCAGGAGCAUUCCAAAUGAGAAAGGCCUCAUUGUUUCCUCCAUGGAAAAUGGUACCCUCCCAGAAUAUCAACUGGCGCCACAAGGUGUUAAUCAGGCUCAAUUAGCUGCAGAAUUGUUCACAAAGUUACUUGAGGAAAGUUGCAUACCACUUGCAGAUGUUCGCAUUUGCUACUCUCCGUUUUCGAGAACAACUCAGACUGCUCGAAUUGUUGCAUCUGUCUUGAACAUUCAAUUUGAGGGUCAUCAAUGUAAGGUGAUGGAAACCCUCCGCGAACGCUUCUUUGGUCCUUCAUUUGAGCUUGGGUCUCGUGAUGAAUACCAUGAGAUCUAUGGCACACUUGAUGAGAAAGAUCCUCUGAUGAGGCCAGAAGGCGGAGAAAGUGUUGAUGAUGUUGCAUCUAGACUUGCAGAAGCUAUGGUAACUAUGGAGUCUCUAUUUCAAGGGUGCACGAUCUUAGUUGUUAGUCAUGGCGAUCCCCUACAAAUCUUGCAAGCUAUAUUGAAUGCUACUAAGCUAAACACCGAAUCCAGUUAUGACGACUUGGCAUCAAGAAUUCAAAAUGUUAGAGCUCCUUCCAUCUUGUCACAGCACAGGAAAUUUAACCUGCAGACUGGGGAGCUCCGGGCAGUUAUAUGAAUAUGAAGAUUAUAUCAGGCUGAAAAAGUGUCCAUGGAUGAAUAAGAUUGCUAUUAACAAUAAUAGGCGAUAUCUUCUUAUUAGCUUUCUAACGAGGCAUAAUGCAACCUAAAGUAUCUCAGUUAUUGAAUGUUUUGCACUUGGCAUUUGGCAAUGCUCUUUUUGUUGUGGUCAGAUUUUUUGCACUUGGAAAUGCUUUUGCAACUCAGGAAUUCAACUGUAAUGAUAUCCUUUAUUUUAAGUAAGCUCACAAGAUAUAGGUUGGCAAGUUAGGCAGAGUUGGCUCAACCCAAUGCGGGGUGAAUCAAGUAUUCAAGUAGCGUGGGCAAGAAUGUUCUAUUGGAGCAGGUCUGCUCUACAAUCUUGCAAUUAAGGACGCUGCAGAAGUGGCAAUGUUUGUAUGGAUAGCAUGCAAAGGAUUCUUAUUUCUUACCUAGUGCAAAAUGUCUUUUUCGAAGGAAAGUGGUGCAGGACCCAAUUUUUCGUCAGUGUGGGAUGGAAGUGGGUGGAAUCCAUUAUUCAUGCCAUUUGGUCUUGUCAAACAGCACGCUCUACUCGGAAAUUAUCUCUUUAGUGUCAGGGUCUGGAAAGAAAAAUACUUCAUUAAGGGAUUCCAAUGGAAGUCUGGUUGGUGUACAUAUGCAUUGCGAGCUCUUUUUCAGCUCAUGCAACGGACUCUUGCUCUCCUCUUUAGGUUGCAGUUUUCUCAGAAUAAAGGUUUGCUUAGAGCAUGGAAAGUGAUAAUGCGAGCCAUUCAGUGAAGGUAAAGACUCAUCUCUUGACUGUAGUGCCGCUGGCAAUAUCAUUAGUGAACUAAAGCUGUUGCUGCAAGGCUACUUGUUAUUCAUUGCCAUAUGUUUCCCAAGUCUAUAACAGCGUCGCGUAUCUCUUGGCUAUCGAACAAGUGGUUGAGUUUCAUGAUUCAGGUGUGCCGUGGAUACCCAAAAAAAUUUGAGUCCAGUAUUUGAUGAUGUAUUUGUUUAUUUUACGAAUUAGUGGUACUCUCUUUUCACCCAGCUAUAAGUCUCUGAGAUUUAAAGGGUGAAGUUUUAAUGAGGCCACUCAUGGGUUGGUUAUUCAUAAA